GUACGAUUGGUCGAGUCUUCAACGAGAAGCACCGGAACCCGUCAUCCCCCACCGCGGUCGGCGGGGAAUCCCACCAUGAAAGCCAGUGGGAAAAGAUCGCUGUGGAGAAAGAAGGUGGGACUUCCCAUCGCACUCUUCUCUUCUUCCGUCUUCUUCCUUGCCGGCUUCUAUGGAUCCAUACUCUUCUCCCUGAAUCCCACGUCUGACAGUGAGAGCGUCCACCGUGCCAAGUUCAUCGAGUUUCCAGACGGAGGAGAGGCUAACAUGGCUGCGAUGCCCCACGGGGAAACCGGAGAGCCUCGCUAUUAUUCUAUUCCUUUUCAGGUUUUAAGCUGGAAACCACGAGCAGUAUAUUUUCCCAAGUUUGCAACAGCAGAGCAAUGUCAGGCAAUAAUAAAAAUUGCCAGGUCAAAGCUAAAACCAUCCUCCCUAGCCCUGCGCAAGGGAGAAACUGAGGAGAGCACAAAAGGGAUAAGAACAAGUUCAGGUACAUUUCUAAGUGCAUCUGAAGAUCCAACAGAAACCUUAAAAUACAUUGAGGAGAAGAUUGCCAGAGCAACAAUGAUCCCAAGAGAUCAUGGAGAGGCCUUCAAUAUUCUUCGAUAUGAGAUUGGACAGAAGUAUGCUUCUCACUAUGAUUCAUUCGACCCAUCUGAGUAUGGUCCACAGAAAAGCCAAAGAGUAGCGUCGUUCCUGUUGUAUCUAUCGGAUGUCGAGGAGGGUGGAGAAACAAUGUUUCCUUUUGAGAAUGCAAAUAUCGAUUUUAGUUACGAUUACCGGAAAUGCAUUGGCUUAAAAGUUAAACCGCAGCAAGGAGAUGGUCUUCUAUUUUAUUCAUUGUUCACAAAUGGAACAAUUGACCCGACUUCUCUUCAUGGCAGUUGUCCAGUGAUAAAAGGAGAGAAAUGGGUUGCCACGAAAUGGCUCAGAAAUACUAAUAAUAAGAAUGCUUUCAGGUAGAAUUAUUAGUUUACAGGGAUUUAAUUUACAUAUCAAUAUUCUGAAGAUAUUUUUUUUUAUAUAGAGAGAAAUGGCUUGUUUACACCAAAUAUAUAUAUAUAUAU